AUGUACAUAGUUUUUUUUUUAAGACGAAAGGGCGACAAGGAAAGUAUGGAACACAAAUAUGAUAUGAACAUUAAUAAAUUAGUAGCAGAGGCUACAGGAGUGUCUGCCCGCACCGUAAUGCGAAUUGUAGCUGAAGGAAAUUCGAGUCUACAAACAUCGGAAAUUGCAAAAUUUUCAUCUCCGCGGAAACCUAAAGAAAUAAAAAAGAGAAUCCAGAUUGAUGAUUUUGACAUGGGAGUUAUACGAAGAAAAAUUCAUCAAUUUUAUACUAGUGAUAAGAAAAUCCCAAGUAUUCGUAAGCUGCUUGCAGUUUUAAAAGAAGAUGGCAUUGUGAACUGCGGUUGUACCUAUUUACGACAGCUUUUACAUAAGAUGGGAUAUUUAUUUAAAAAAUGUAAAUCUAAGAGACACAUUUUAAUUGAGAGGCCCAGUAUUGCUGAAUGGAGAGUAAGGGAUCAGGAGCUCCUCUCCAAUGACGUUGAAAUAUCCGGCAUAACUGAGCUUGGAGGAGAAAACCUUAUGUCAACAGUUACAGUUCUAUCUACGAAGCUGGGAAUAACAUUAGACAAAAGAGACAUUGUUAACGUGGAACGUGUUGGCUUAGCACGUCGCAAUAGGGUGGAGGGGAGUACUAGCGACGACGAUCUCAGCUCAAUGCGUCCGCGCAUUAUAGCAGUGCGGUUCGCCGCCGAGCUACAAGUCUGUACGCAGCUCGCGUGCGCCGCAACCUCUCCACGAAAGACAUCGAUGUGA